CCGCCCGCCGCGAGCGGUUACCGGCCCCCGGCGCGCGCUCCCCGGGUCUCGGGCCGCGCUCCCGACGCAGAGCUCAGUUCCCCCAAAACCAUAAAGGCCGGGAAACUCAAGACAAAGAAAGCCACCAAGGCCAGUGAAUUCAGCGACAUGGCGAACUGGCCCACCCCGAGCGAGCUCGCCAGCACCGGGUGCCAGAGCGCCGUCAGCCAGGGCGGCCGGAAGCCGCAGGGCCGCAAGGAGAGAGACGACAAGGUGGAGAAGCGCAGUGAGAGCGGGAGCAAGGAGGCGCGGGAGGCCCGGCCCGAGGGGCCGGCGGAGAACGUCAGCGAGGACGAGGCACAGGCCAGCGGCCAGCGCAAGAGAGCCAGCAAACACCGGUGGGUGCCGCUGCCCCUGGACGUCGUGCGGCCCGACAGCCAGGAGCGCCCCGGGUCCCGCACCAGCUCGCGCUGCCAGCCCGACGCCGGCAGAGUCCCGCAUGGCAGCCGCAGGAACGAGGCGCGGAGUUGGAGGCGCGAGAAGAGAGACGAGCAGGACGAGGUCUCCAGCGUCCGGAGCGAGGGCGGCAACGUGCGCGGCUCCUUCAGGGGCCGGGGCCGCGGCCGGGGUCGGGGCCGGGGCCGCGGCCGUGGCAGCGCCCGAGUGAGCCUGGACUACGCGUGCGUGCGCGCCGAGGCGCCCUUCCCCGCCGAGCUGCACAGCACCAUGAUGUACUACUACGACGACGGCUCGGGCCUGCAGCUCUACCCCGUGGAGGAGGCGCUGCUGAAGGAGUACAUCAGGCGCCAGAUCGAGUACUACUUCAGCACGGAGAACCUGGAGCGCGACUUCUUCCUGCGCAGGAAGAUGGACGAGCAGGGCUUCCUGCCCAUCUCGCUCAUCGCCGGCUUCCACCGCGUGCAGGCGCUCACCACCAACCUCGGCCUCAUCCUCGAGGCGCUGAAGGACAGCACGGAAGUGGAGAUCGUGGAUGAGAAGAUGCGGAAGCGGAUCGAGCCCGAGAAGUGGCCCAUCCCCGGCCCGCCCGCCCGCGCCGCCCCGCAGCCCGACUUCUCCCAGCUCAUCGACUGCCCCGAGUUCGUCCCGGGCCAGACCUUCUGCGCCCACUCAGUCAGGGUGAGGAUCUACUGAGGCCCGCGCCGCCCCGAGCAGCCGCAGCGGAGGACCCGGGGCCCGGUCCCGGGCACACUGGACAGACCGCCACGGCCACCUGGCGGCGCCGGCCUGGAGGGGGAGAUGGCCGCCCCCGGCAGACAGGACUGCGGGCUUGCGGGGCCCUCCCGCACGGCCUCCCGACGCCUCCACGGAGCUGGCGGCCGGGGCGCGGGCGGGCGGCUGCCCCCCGCUAGUUCCCGCCGCGAGCCCGCCGACCCCAGGCCCGGCCACCUGCCCACGGGGGCUGCCAGGCCCCCCGCGCCCCCGCCUUGGGCAGGUGUUUUCAAAGUUGAAGCCAAGUGACAUUUUUUAGGAUUGUAAAAAAGAUGUAAUGUCUGUAUAUUUAAGUUAGAUAAUUUAUUCUAUAGCCCUUCCCGUCCCGCGUCGGAGGACUCGGGCUCCCCGGUCUGGGGGGCCGGGCGGGCUCUGGCGCCUGUUCCUUUGCCAUUUCUGCAUUCUUAAUAAAUUACAGCCGAAAA